GCCGUCUUAGCCGCUCUUCCUUCCAGCUCGCCUCGGACGUCAGCGGCCGUCGGGUCCUAUGUCGCGCCGGGCCCUCCGAAGGCUGAGGGGGGAACAGCGCGGCCAGGAGCCCCUCGGGCCCGGCGACCUGCAGUUUAUACUCCGUGAUGACGAUGACGUGGAAGAAGACGGGUCAAAACGGGUCUCGGGUGGCCGGCGCCCCGGGGGCACAGGAGCAGACGGCGUCCGCGUCAACAACCGGUUCGAGCUGAUAAACAUUGAAGAUCUUGAGGAUGACCCUGUGGUGAACGGGGACAGGUCUGGCUGUGUACUCACAGACACUGGGGCACCAGGGAACAAAGGAAGGGCUCGGCGUGGAAACACAGAGACCAAGACAGAUGGAGAUGUGGCCAGAGCAGCGCCCCCAGAACAGUCUAAUGCAAGUGGCAAACUCCGAAAGAAGAAGAAGAAACAGAAAAAUAAGAAAAAUAGUACAGGAGAAGCUUCGGAAAAUGGAUUGGAAGAUAUUGAUCGCAUCUUAGAGAGAAUUGAGGACAGCAGUGGGUUAACCCGCCCAGGCCCCACUCCACUGAGCUCCAAGAAGCAUGUUCUGUAUGUGGAGCACAGGCAUUUGAAUCCAGACACAGAACUGAAAAGGUAUUUUGGUGCUCGAGCAGUCCUGGGGGAACAAAGACCACGACAGAGACAGCGUGUAUACCCCAAGUGUACGUGGCUGACAACCCCCAAGAGCACCUGGCCCCGGUACAGCAAACCAGGUCUGUCCAUGCGGCUGCUGGAAUCCAAAAAAGGCCUCUCCUUCUUCGCGUUUGAGCAUAAUGAGGAAUACCAGCAGGCGCAGCACAAGUUCCUGGUGGCUGUGGAGUCCAUGGAGCCAAACAACAUCGUGGUUCUGCUCCAGACAAGUCCCUAUCACGUUGACUCACUCCUGCAGCUCAGUGAUGCCUGCCGGUUCCAAGAGGAUCAGGAGAUGGCACGAGACCUCAUAGAGAGAGCGCUGUACAGCAUGGAGUGUGCGUUUCACCCCCUGUUCAGUCUCACCAGUGGAACUUGCCGGCUGGAUUAUCGUAGGCCUGAGAACAGGAGCUUCUACCUGGCCCUCUACAAGCAGAUGAACUUCCUGGAGAAGCGGGGGUGCCCACGCACAGCACUAGAGUACUGCAAGCUCAUUCUAAGCCUUGAGCCAGAUGAGGACCCCCUGUGCAUGCUGCUGCUCAUCGACCACCUGGCCUUACGGGCCCGGAACUACGAAUACUUGAUUCACCUCUUCCAGGAGUGGGAGGCUCUUCGGAACCUGUCCCAGCUCCCAAAUUUUGCCUUCUCUGUUCCAUUGGCAUAUUUCCUGCUGAGUCAGCAAACAGACCUCCCCGAGCAUGAGCUUAGCUCUGCCAGGGAAAAGGCCUCUCUUUUGAUCCAGCAGGCACUCACCAUGUUCCCUGGAGUCCUCAUGCCCCUGCUCGAGUAUUGCAGUGUGCGACCUGACGCCUCUGUCUCCAGCCACCGCUUCUUUGGACCCGACGCCGAGAUAAGCCAGCCCCCUGCUCUGAGCCAGCUGGUGAGUCUAUACCUCGGGAGGUCACACUUCCUCUGGAAAGAACCUGCCACCAUGAGCUGGCUGGAGGAAAAUGUCCGUGAGGUUCUUCAGGUGGUGGAUGCCGGGGACCCUGCUGUGGAAGCCUGCGAGAGCAGGCGGAAGGUGCUCUACCAGCGCGCACCCAGAAAUAUCUACCGCCACGUGAUCCUCUCUGAGAUCAAGGAAGCCGUUGCCGCCCUGCCCCUGGAUGUGACCACGCAGUCUGUGAUGGGCUUUGACCCUCUGCCACCUCCGGACACCAUCUACUCCUACGUCAGACCAGAGAGGAUAAGUACCGUCAGCCAGGGAAGCACAAUCGCUCUCUUCUUUCGAUCUUUGUUGCCAAAUUAUACUGUGGAGGGGGAGAGGCCCGAGGAAGGAGUGGCUGGGGGUCUGAACCGCAACCAAGGCUUGAACAGGCUGAUGCUGGCUGUGCGCGACAUGAUGGCCAACUUCCACCUCAACGACCUGGAGGGGCCGCAAGAAGAUGAGGCGGAGGCAGAGGCGGAGGGGGAGGGGGAGUGGGACUGAGCGUGCAGAACCCUGCGCUGUCACUUAUGUUCCUGGUUUCUGUUCUGGUUGGAAUCGGCCAGUCACUGAAGUAGAAAUGCUGACUGUGUCGUCGACCCGUCUUCUGUUUCUCUAUAAAUGUCACUGGGCCAUGCUC